AUGAUCAACAGUAUCAAAGGCAGAGGAAAAGUCAAGAGCAAGAAGAAGAUAAUGACGAACGAAAAUUGUUGUAAAUGUGAUAGUGUUGUUGAGGAUGGAAUUUGCUGCCCAUGCUGCCAAAGUUUCGUACAUCCGAAAUGUGCUGGUUUCACCAAGGACUCGCUGUCAUUAUAUAAAAAAAUGAAAAACUUAAGGUGGUAUUGUGACAACUGCCUGAGCUAUGUCGAUGAUGUUAAAGGGAUUUCCAAGUUGAUAAAUGAUAAACAUGUGGCAUUAAAUAUGGAAUUGAAGAAGAUUUCUGAAUCUGGGGACAUUUUAAGGAAUGACAUAGAGCAGUUGAGGAUCGCAGUCGAUAAUAGUAAAGGAAAAUUGGAUCAGGUUGCUAGUGUUGAUUCAUUGAAAAGUGAAAUUAAUGCUAAGUGGUCUGAGGUUGUUAAAAAAAAUUGUGAUGCUGUAUGUAGUGAAGUUAGAUCGAUACAAAAAACACUUAAUGUUGUAAAUGAAAAUAAAGAACGUGAAAACAAUAUCAUCAUUUUUAAUCUUGCUGAAAGUGAAAAUAGUGUGAAAGAUAAAGAAAUUGUGAUGAAAAUCUUUCAAUCGCUGACUGAGGAGUCAAUUAAAAGCAGCGACGUUGUUAAAGUUUUUAGACAGGGCAAAAAAGAGGAGCAAAUUACCUCUCCACGCCCGAUAAUUGUUAAAUUUAACAACACGUCAUCAAAGGUACUUGUGAUGAAUAAACUGUUUAAAAUUAAAUUGCUUGACGAUAAAUUGAAAAGUAUUAGAAUAAGUCAUGAUAUGACCCGUGAACAACGAACUGAUUAUCGUAAACUGGUUGAUGAGGCUAAAAGUAGAGAGGCUGAUGAUGGGGAAGAUUUUUUAUACCGCGUCAGGGGUCCGGUGGGUCGCUGGAAGAUUGUGAGGUUUCUCAAAAAAGGAAAAUAA